GGGAGCAGGCCCAGCGGCGGGGCUGCCGCUCCUGCCUUCCAGCGGCCGGCGCUCUAGCGGGUCCGGGAGGGUGGUGCCUCUUCGCGCUGUCGGGAGACGGGGGCGGAGAAUCCCAGCCGCCGCUGCUGAUGCUGGGCUUGGAGGCUGCAUCCGACUGGGUCGCGAGGAAAAUGGAUUCAGUUCGCAUCUCUCCCUCCCCGCAGCAGCUUCCCCGGGUCUCAGCACGGGCUUCCAGGGCGGCGGCCGAGGAGGGCUUCCCCAGGAGCGCCACGCAGUAGCUGCUGCAACACCACACGCGGGGGUGAGGAGCAGUAACAUGGCAGCUCCCGUCUGAGAGGAAUUAAAAACCAGCAGACCCCACUCAGCAAGGAACAAUGUCCAAGAAAGGGCGCAGUAAGGGCGAGAAGCCCGAGGCGCUCACGGUCGCCCUGCAGGCUGCCAACGAAGACCUCAGGACCAAGCUCACCGACAUCCAGAUCGAGCUGCACCAGGAGAAGUCCAAGGUGACCAAGCUUGAGAGGGAGAAGGCCCAGGAGGCGAAGAGGAUCCGCGAGCUGGAGCAGCGCAAGCACACGGUGCUGGUGAGCGAGCUCAGGGCCAAGCUCCACGAGGAGAAGAUGAAGGAGCUGCAGGCCGUGCGGGAGAACCUGCUCAAGCAGCACGAGCAGGAGAUGCACAGGACGGGGAAGGUGCGGGACGCCGAGGUCCAGAGGCUCCGGGCGGCGCUGUGCGCGCUCCGCGACGGCGGCGGCGACAAGGCGAGGAGCGCGCUCACCGCCGAGGCCCGGGAGGAGGCCCGCAGACUCUUCGACGCCGAGCGCCUCAAGCUCCUGCAGGAGAUCGCGGACCUGAAGGCGUCCAAGAAGCAGGUGGACGAGGCCCUGAGCAACAUGAUCCAGGCGGACAAAAUCAAGGCCGGGGACCUUCGCAGCGAGCACCAGUCCCACCAGGAGGCCAUCUCCAAGAUCAAGUGGGAGUCGGAGCGGGACAUUCGGAGGCUGAUGGAUGAAAUCAAAGCCAAGGACAGGAUCAUCUUUUCCCUGGAAAAGGAACUGGAGACCCAAACAGGCUACGUACAGAAACUCCAGCUGCAGAAGGAGGCCUUGGACGAGCAGCUCUUCCUGGUCAAGGAGGCCGAGUGCAACAUGAGCAGCCCGAAGCGAGAGAUCCCAGGGCGGGCGGGCGAUGGCUCCGAGCACUGCAGCAGUCCUGAUUUGCGAAGAAAUCAAAAGAGAAUAGCUGAAUUGAAUGCCACUAUAAGAAAAUUAGAAGACAGAAACACCUUGCUUGGAGAUGAAAGAAAUGAAUUGUUAAAACGUGUGCGGGAAACCGAAAAACAAUGCAAACCUCUUCUGGAACGGAACAAGUGCCUCGCCAAGAGAAACGAUGAGCUGAUGGUGUCUCUGCAGCGCAUGGAAGAGAAGCUAAAAGCCGUUACCAAGGAGAAUUCAGAAAUGAGAGAAAAAAUAACAUCCCAUCCACCACUGAAGAAACUAAAAUCUCUGAAUGACCUCGAUCAAGCUAAUGAAGAACAAGAGACAGAAUUUCUAAAACUUCAGGUCAUUGAGCAACAAAACAUUAUUGAUGAGCUCACAAGGGACAGAGAAAAGCUUAUCCGCAGGAGGAGGCACAGAAGAAGUUCCAAGCCCAUCAAGAGGCCUGUUUUGGACCCAUUUAUUGGGUAUGAUGAGGACUCCAUGGAUUCAGAGACAUCGUCCAUGGCUUCGUUUAGAACAGACCGAACACCGGCUACUCCUGACGAUGACUUAGAUGAAAGUUUAGCAGCUGAGGAAUCUGAGCUACGAUUUCGACAAUUAACAAAAGAAUACCAGGCCCUCCAAAGAGCAUAUGCUCUCCUGCAGGAACAGACCGGAGGCAUCAUCGAUGCUGAAAGAGAAGCCAAGGCCCAAGAACAGCUCCAAGCAGAGGUGCUAAGGUACAAAGCCAAAAUUGAAGAUCUGGAGGCGACCCUGGCUCAGAAAGGGCAGGAUUCACACUGGGUAGAAGAUAAACAACUUUUCAUUAAGAGAAACCAGGAGCUUUUAGAAAAGAUAGAAAAACAGGAUGCAGAAAAUCACCGGUUACAACAGGAACUACAGGAUGCCAGAGACCAGAAUGAGCUGCUGGAGUUUCGAAACCUAGAGCUAGAAGAAAGAGAGAGGCGAUCCCCUCCAUUUAAUCUACAAAUUCACCCAUUCUCAGACGGUGUGAGCGCUCUGCAGAUUUACUGUAUGAAAGAAGGUGUCAAGGAUGUGAACAUCCCUGAUCUCAUAAAGCAGCUUGAUAUCUUGGGUGAUAAUGGGAAUUUAAGAAAUGAAGAACAAGUGGCCAUAAUUCAGGCCAGCACUGUGCUGUCCUUGGCAGAGAAGUGGAUCCAGCAGAUCGAAGGAGCAGAGGCUGCCCUGCACCAGAAAAUGAUGGAAUUGGAAAGUGACAUGGAACAGUUCUGCAAAAUAAAAGGCUAUCUGGAGGAAGAACUAGACUACAGAAAACAAGCUCUCGACCAAGCAUACAUGAGAAUCCAGGAACUAGAGGCUACUUUGUACAAUGCUCUGCAGCAAGAAACUGUUAUCAAGUUUGGUGAAUUAUUAAGCGAAAAACAGCAAGAGGAGUUGAGGACAGCAGUAGAAAAGUUGCGGCGGCAGAUGCUGCGCAAGAGCAGAGAGUAUGACUGCCAGAUUCUUCAGGAGAGGAUGGAGCUUCUGCAGCAAGCCCACCAGAGAAUUCGUGACUUGGAAGAUAAAACAGACAUCCAGAAAAGACAGAUAAAGGACUUAGAAGAAAAGUUUCUGUUUCUAUUCUUGUUCUUCUCUCUUGCCUUUAUUCUCUGGCCUUGAUGUCAAGAAGCCUCUUAAAGAGCAACCGAAAACACGGAUAAGACCCCAGGAAGGCAAAUGCUUCUAAACCUUCAGAGAUGGCAGAAAUGUUUACAGCAGAGAGACGAAGGGCAAAGGCUAAGAACUACACUGUAGCCAGGACUACAAGUGUGUAUUUUAAAGCCAUUAUUCAAGGUUUCUUACUUGACAGUCCCUACACGACCCUGUUGAAAAUCUACAAUAUAUGCUGCAUUUAAGGAAACGUGUAUAUGUCAAACCAGAAGAAAAGAACCAUAAACAUGUAUUGUGUAAAGGAAAAAUUCAGCAAUGGAAACAGUUUCAGCAAAUCAAGCAAAGAUGUGUCUUGGGCAUGGAACCAAAGUUACAAAGCAACAUUCUACCCCUGCUGUGCAGGGGGGGUCAUUUUAAUGUAACGCCACACCCCAUGGAAACACUAGUCCUGAAAUAAACAUCAUUUUAAAAAAUCAAAGCAAAACAAACAAAAAAAAAUCAAAACAAGGGUGGGUGGGGAAUGAAGCACGAGGAAUACCUAUGAGGAGCUAUUUACAAUAAAAUAUUUCAUUUGAAAAGUCUGGUUUCUUACUACAGGGAUUUGCUUCUCUGUCUUUAAUAUUGUUUAAAACUCAGGAACAGAGACACCCUCCGUGUGCAUGGGAAGAGCGGCAGGUCCCGUCUGGCUGGUUUUCUGCAGAAGGCAGAGCUCGUGGAGAGCAUUCCAUGGAUGACAGAUGGGAUGCGGAUCACAGUGACUCCGACUACCUGGUAUCCAAGGCAAAGGACCCAGGCGGAUGUAACCUAAGAAGCAGAAGCAGAUUCGAUGCUUCCUCGGCCUUCUGUCGCCUCUGUGUUCUUCCACGAACAGCAGACGGAUCUCAUUCGUAUUGAAAAUUAAGAAGAUGAUGCUCUCGAUCACAAGCUCCCUGACGUGGUUCUGCUUCGAAUGCCAGUGUCGAUAGGGAACGUGGGCCAGAGAGCAUCUCUGAAUCUUUCAAAAAUACUGGUUUUCAAAUGGCUGCAUAAAAUUGCCUGCAAAUAAAUAUAUGAUUUGAGUAAAAACACAGUAGAGGCGAUAAGUAUCAUUACCAACAGUUGAAUUUGCCACAGAGCUGUGGAUAUUAAAUGAAUUUAGGUUUAUUUUUAAAGUAUCCUGAUAUGCCUAGAACAUUCUGACCUCUUGUCAUUUAGACUGAUAAUAUUUUUUUUCUCAGAGAGCUGAGAGCCACAAGGUAACUCUACUUUUUUAUAGAGAAGUAACGGUAUGUUACUGAUAAGGUCAUUUUCUACCAGAGACAAUUAGAAAACAGCUACUUUUCCUAAGUUAUGUAAUACUGAGUCUUGGACUCCGCUCUGAGAGCAAAUAAAUGUUCCUGAAAAGCUAAUUUCACACCUCAUUUACCGUCAAUAACAGAACAGCCUCAACUUUUCCAAUGGUUAAGGUUUUAUUUACAGAGCUAGAAUUCCCAUGUGUACAGACUGUGUGUAGGGACCCUGAAGCUCUAUGAAAUGCUACACAAAUCCUUCCAUACGUGACUUCAGCAUCUUAGUCUUCAGGUGUCGCACUGGCAUUGACCAAGCCAGCACAGUAACUGUAGAGAAUGUACAAGAAAAGCGAAGGGCUGGGGUCCCGUGUUUUGUUCUAUUUACUGCCUACCCAGGUAUCUUUGGCCCAGUCACUGAACCUCUCUGUGCCUCAGUUUCCUCAUGUGCAAAAUGAGGUUAAAAUGCUUUUUCAUAAAAGGUUGGGUUUAUUUGUUGUUUUGGAAGUUUGUUUUUGUUUUUGUUUUCUGCAAUUCUAGAACAUGAGGUGCUUAACAUAGCAUGAAGUGCUUUGUAUUCAUUAUGACUGCUGUAUUAUUUGAGACUUCCUGGUUGGGAAAAAGUCCCUUAUGUGAUAAAAUAAGUGCUACUGUUUGGUUCAAUCUAAGCACUACAGCGCUGAAGCUUUCCCAUCAAACUACCUGGGACAUUACUAGCAAUAAAGAUUGGGAGGUCCAGAGCCAGAAUCUCUAAUAACCUCUAGGAAAUAGAUCAUCCCAUGUAUUGAAUAAGAAAAAUGUGUCACUUCGAUUAAGCAUCUCCUAGCUCUCCGUAUCGCCUAUGCACGCCAAACUACAGACUCCAACCAGGAAAUGAAAUUAAGGCUUGGAGUGAACUGAUAGUAUCACAUAAUUAGUCCGAUUGUCCCUUUCAUUUUGGGAGAAGGUUUGGGUGAUAAGUCCUACUGGGAAUAUACAGAAUAACUACCCUUCUGCUGAAUUCUCUGUUGCCCUGGCAAAGUUCCAUAUUAAGUAUGCUUAGUAUGUUCAUUGUGUGGGCAACCCAGGAAAUAGGGGGCCAGGACCAUCUGGGAGGAAACCCCUUCAAACCUCACUCAGAACAGAGAAGAGGAAAUGGGGUGUGGGGGAGAUAUCUCCCACGUCUCCAACUUUUCUCUGCCACUGUUCAUGGGCCAUUCCAGGGUCCAGCUGAGCAAAAUCGCGUGCCAUUCAUCUCACCAAACCUACUUUUCUUCUCUUCAUCUUGCUUUCUCCACCAAGAAACUUGUAAGUUAAAUUUUAUAUCCAAGCACUAUGGCUUAAAUGAUUAAAAACAGUUGUUAAAAUAGCGUAGUUUAAUCACAUGCCUUAUCUGCUGUAAAUGUGGUUGUAUCAUACGGGAGCAACGACAGCUGGGAUGACCAUGGAUUUAAGCAGCUUUAGGUAUGUUUAAGGCAAAUACAAAAGGAGAGAGCCUCUUCACUCAAGAUCUAAGACAUUAGCAAAUUUCCCUAGAUUUUAGGCUAAAAGGUUAUAUUUUGACCAAAUCUUACUCAGAAUCCUCUUUAUUAACAUAUCAUUAAAUAAGACUAAAUAUUUUGACAGGUGCAUCUCUCUAUUACCCAUUUCCACAAAUAUAAAAACAUUGGCAAAAUUGUAAAUGUUGUCUCAGUGACUCAUGGACCUAGGGAAUGGCCCAUAUCUAACUGAAUGCUUUCCUUCGCAUAGGAUGUUCAGCAAUGGUCAAAAAAGAGCAUCUCAGUCAUAAUGAGAGGUUUACUGGGGCUCUGCUUCUUACAGGGAGUAGAUGAUCCUGACUCUGAUCUUUAAUUUCUGCAUCUUAACUCUCCUAAUACAUUCGGCCAAUGAGUUAAUAGCAAUCAGAACAGCAUUCUUCAACACAACAGAAUUCUUCAGGAUUCACUUAAUUUUUCGUAACGAAGGAUUCAUCUCUGGGAAAACACAACUGACAAUAUUAAAAAAUAGUUUGAGAUAAAAUGGGAGCCACAACUUAGCAAAGUUAUUUUGGACAGGAAAAUUUUCAUGAGAAAGGAAAAAGAAACAGAAGGUUACAUUGGACUAUAAGACUAGAAAGUACUUAUUAAAACUAACUUUUUUAUAUAAUGCCACCCAAGUUUUACUUCAGGAAACAUUAGAAUUUGCUAAAAAUAAGUACCAGAUCCCUUUUAACCCAUGUCAUAUAAAUAUUGCCAAUAGUGAGGUUUUAGGGGUGGAAGAAUAAAUUUUGCUUUGGUUUUUUCUUCCAUUCACAAAAACACAGAGUGGCAUCGUUCUUCAGUAGGACAGAGAUGGUGCAGAGAGAGCUCACGGAGUACAAAGGGGAUGUUUGCUCUCAACUAGUAAUAGAAGAAAUAAAGUGUUGCCAAAUAAUUGUUACUAUGGUAUUUUAUUUCAACUUAAUUUGAUCAGUUUAAGAUAAAUCUCUGGAAAACUUGUUCCUUUUGCCUAUUUAUUGUCACCUUUUUCUGUAGACCCAUUGUGUCACUUGUACAAUUUCCUUGAUGUAAUUUUUACGUUCACUGUUUUAAAGUGAAGCAUGUCUUUUUAACCUGCCUACAUUUUCAUGGAAACUGUAAAAAUAAUGGUCAUCAGUUUUGUACUGAUGUUUCAAUAACUGGAUCAUGUGUGUUAUAUCAACAUCAAAAUAGAUGGACAGCAUAGACAUUUAAUCUUUUAAAUAUUUAAUUGCAUUUUUUCGACCUGUC